AUUGCGCUUACGCAGCUGCCAAAAUAGACUAGAGAUUCGAUUCGACUGCCGAUGUUCUGGCUUUAUCUCGGAGGAAGAAGAAGAUCCUGGGUUGGGUCUGUCUCCGAUAGAGACAAGUAUCCAACGGUACCGGUAGAGACAAACAAACUGAGGAAAGCAAGGACGAGUUGAGUUUGGACAUUGCAUGAGCUACUAGCUAGCUAGAGUAGAAGGAUGAAGAAAUCAGCUCCACGAAAGAUGCGUCCUUCUUGGGUGUUGCCCAUGGUUGUGCUGGUGGCAGCCACCUGCUCAAAUCGUCAUAGUGUUGGUGUGGAUGCCUAUGCUUCGGUUGCCUCACCCACUGUGAUACCGGCAGGAACGGCAUACACCGUUUUUGUACCAAAGGAAGUACAUGUAGUUCAGCAACAGCAGAAAAGACACGCAUGGAGUCUGGUAGUCCCUGCCAUUUCCGACACGGACAAGGCAGACCACGAACAAGCAUUGGCGGACAGACGGCACAGCAAAGAUGCAUCUUCUUCUGAACAGCGACAGCCGAUGAAGUAUGAUCUCGGCAUUGGAAAGAAUGCACCUGUAGUUGGCAGCCAGAUUAGCCGAGCAAUGAUGUCGUCAAGGCAGCAGAACCAACAGGAGACUACUCAGUAUCUGAUGGAACACGAAGCUGUGCGAAGCAUUCCUUCACCCAAAGAAACGGCAGCCUUGUGGAAUCACAACCAAGGUCUGUAUCAACAACAGCAAGAACCAAAGAUACCAGGGCGGUCCAACAAGAAGCACUCGAAAGCAAGGCACAUUCCUCCCAUGACAGCGUCAUUGGCCAGCGAGCAAAAGCAACAUGAGUACACGGUUCUUCACCACCAGAAGGAGGACAACAGCCAAAAGGCCAAGAUGAAAAGACCCAAGCUCGACUAUCGACAGCGUGCCAGGGAUGCUCUGUUUAUUCAAAAAACGACGACACUGUCAGCCUCUUCUUCUGCAUCCGCCAAUGAACCCAAGGAAACCUUGACCGUCGGGUGGAAGACAUCCGAUCAGCUAGACCCAAACACCAUUUGGGUGGAAAUGUUGCUUGCUCACAGUGAACAAGCAAUGCUACGAGCAGCUGCCGCUCACUCAUAAGAAGGAAGAUGAGCAAUGUGCAAUCGAGUGGAUUCGAUUAUCAUUCUCUGACGUUUCUUGCAAGCUAGAAGCAAGCAAGCUAAUUCUACUGUAACAAGAUUUUGUAUGG